AUGCCCGAUCUCAACUCUGUCCCUCCGUCGCCGCAUUCGCUCGCUCUCUCUCGUCAACAGUCGUCGCACCAAAUGGCUCCUCCACUCUCGCAUCCCAUGGUGUCGUCGCCGUCCCAGUCCUCGUCCAUCAAUAUUCUGCCGUCGAACCAGAAUGCCGUGAGCCAUUCUCACAGCCGUAGUGCCAGCUUGAGCCAGCCUCAUGGAGCCUCGUCGUCCGCUUCGCCUCAGCUCAUCGCUGCCCAGCCCUUACAAUCUCAACUGCCGCCGCUAUCCGGUGAUUCGUCUGUUGGGCCUGGCCCAGGACCGCUGAGGCACCCACGCCCGUUGACCGCGUCCGAGUUGCAUAUGCAGCUCGAGAAGGAGCAGGAGGCAGUAGUGAACCGAUUGACGCGUGAACUUUCCCUCCUCCGGGCUGCUCAAAAUGCGUCCGUGGUUUCCAACGCAUCCUCAACGUCUGCCUCGGCCUCAGCUCACGACCCCAUUACCGAAUCCUCUCUCCUCUCCGGUUCGGGCUUUACCAUCCCCACCGCUCGUCGACACCACCGCAAUUCGUCGUCUGCUUCCCAGAAUCACGGCUUGCAGCAGCUUGCGUCUUCGUACGAGGCCAGACACCCCGUGCCACGACCAGCACAGUCUAUCCCGCUCUCUCGACAAAGCUCGCACUCACGAAUCAGCCGUACCAACUCCCCUGGUCCUCAGCAAAGUGCAUUGGAUCCAUCGAGUUACUUCCACAGCCAGCGAGUUCCGCACGCGCCGUCCGUUGUUAUGAGUUCAGUCGCCGCUACCCCUGGCAGCGGAAGCCUCACGGACCAAAUGAGUCCAGGCCUUAUGCCCGCAACCAUGAGAUAUGAAGAAACUGCAUUUUAUAGAAACGAGCUCGAAUCGGCCAAGAAGGAAAAUGAAACACUAAAGAGACGCAUUAGAGACUUGGAAAGAAUGGUUCAGACUCGACGAUCAACCGACGUUGCACGCCCUCGAAGCGACAGUGUCAGUACCACAGCCAGCGUCAGCAUUGCUCCCUCGGGCGGUGUUAGCAUUGCCGGUCCUCGUGAUAGCCUUAUUCCCCAACGACCAGAGCGCGAACGUGGUUUGACCUCGCAAAGCGUUACCAGUGCUGCAGGCAGUGUUGCUGUAGGGGUGCCCGAUGACGAGGUCAAAGUUGGAGAGAGUGCUGCGAGCUCCGGCUUAGUAGGGCAGCGGCAGCAGUAG